GGUGUUACAAUGGACAUGGAAAAAGAGGUGGUUAAGAACAAGACAUCUAGGGGCUUAAUAAGGACCUUGGCUGUGGUCGAGGGUCAGAGGUCAGGCCUAUGGGGUCAUGCACAUACUGUGAUCUCCCUAGGGCGGCUUGCAGAGAGCUAUUCCCUUAUAUACAUGGCAGCCCUCCAGCCAGACCACUCACUGCCUGUCAUGCUGGCUGGACUGACUAAGGUUGACUCACAAUAUUCUCUGCUCAUCUACCUGCACACGAACAAGAAGAAGCUGAUUGUUAUCCACUUCUAUUCACGCACAAGUGUGAAGAAGGGGGAAGUGGAGAGGAUGGAGAGGAGAAUUGUUGAGAAAAUCAGUAACACAUCCACAACCACGAUCGAAGACAUUAGGGAUAAGAUCGGAUCGGUGGUGUGCUCCGAGUCGGCCGAGAAAGUGUCGGUGGUCCUUCAAGUAGGGACCAACGAUACUCCCAAGUCUGGCUCUGAACUAAUCAUGGGCAAGCUGAGGCAGGCUAUUAGGGCGUGUUGGGAGGCAAGGUUGGGAGUGCGGGUGACGGUAUGCGAUGCUCCGAGUCGGCCGAGGAAGUGUCGGUGGUCCUUCACGUAG